CACAAGACAAGGCAGCUGCUUGUUGAUCAUAUCAAGUGUUAAUAUAUUUGAUAACAGCCCCUCAGAGCUGUGGGACAUGUGGCUGCUGUUUUGCUCCUGACCAAAUGGUCUUUCCUGCAUCCCUCUGGUGGUUUUGGUGUGCCUGGGCUGGUCUGCAUCGUUCUGGGAGCAGUGGCUGGAGAAGAUGGGAUCUGGAAGCUCUGUAAAUGCCAACUACAAGUACUCCCUGCAGAAGUCUGAAAACGCUUUCAAGGCGGCGGUGCUGAUCCAGCAGUGGUACCGGCGCCACGUCGCUCGGCUGGAGAUGCGGCGCCGCUGCACCUGGCGGAUCUUCCAGUCCAUCGAGUAUGCCUGUGAGCAGGACCAGAUCAAGCUUCACAACUUCUUCAGUUACCUCAUGGACCACUUCACACCAAGCAGCAGUAAAGAGAGGGACUUCAUCAGUCGCAUGUUUGUAAGUGGGGAAAGCGUCAAAGAGGCAGAGCUGGAGAAAUACUGUGACUAUGAAUCCAUAGAGGUGCCAGACUCCUACACUGGACCCCACCUCUCUUUCCCACUCCUUCCUGACCAUGCCACUGCCUUGCUGGAAGCGUUCAAGCAGAAACAACAGCUCCACGCUCGCUAUGUCUUAAACCUUCUACAUGAGACCAGGAAGCACCUCAAGCAGUUGCCAAACAUCAGCCAUGUCUCCACCUGCUACAGCGAGGAGGUGACCGUGUGUGGAGACCUGCAUGGCCAGCUGGAUGACUUGUUCCUCAUAUUUUACAAGAAUGGCCUUCCUUCCCCUUCCAAGUCCUAUGUGUUCAAUGGGGACUUUGUAGACAGAGGCAAGCAGUCCCUGGAGAUCCUCAUUGUCCUCUUCACCUUCCUCCUGAUCUACCCAAAGGAGGUUCACCUCAACCGUGGGAACCACGAGGACCACAUGGUCAACUUACGCUAUGGUUUCACCAAGGAAGUCAUGCAGAAAUACAAGGUGCAUGGGAAGAAGAUCCUGAAGAUGAUUCAGAAUGUCUUCUGCUGGCUGCCCCUGGCCACCCUGAUUGAUCAGAAAGUGCUCGUUAUACAUGGGGGCAUCUCUGACACCACUGACCUGGACAUGCUGGAGACAAUUCAAAGGCACAAAUUUAUUUCUGUUUUAAGAGGGAAGAAAAGAAAGGAGUCGAACAGAAACGCGGAGGUACAGGAAAUAAACGGGGAGAGCAAGGCGGAGGCUGAGCCAGCAGGGAAGGAGGCAGACCCCGGUCUGUGCCCACCGCCCCGCGCAGCGCAGGCUCCCAGCAUGGCCAACAGGCAGGAGUUCUCCCGCUGGGUGCGGCAGACGGUGCAGGAGCAGAUCGAGCGCUGCCGGCGCCUGGUGGACGUCAGCGAGUCCGAGUCGGAGGAGCUCACCUACUCCAGCUCCGUCUCCCUGGCAGACCUGGACGGGCCCUGCUGGACUCGCCAGGAGGAGUGGAAGCAGAUUCUAGACAUCCUCUGGAGCGACCCCAUGCCUCAGGAGGGCUGCAGAGUCAAUACAGUGCGAGGGGGUGGCUGCUACUUUGGGCCUGACGUGACUGGGAAGGUCCUCGAGAAGCACAGCUUGCAGUUCCUCAUCCGCUCCCACGAGUGCAAGCAGGAGGGCUACGAGUUCUGCCACGGCCGCAAGGUGCUAACCAUAUUUUCAGCCUCAAACUACUAUGAGAUUGGCAGCAACAGGGGAGCCUAUGUGAAGCUGGGACCAGACCUGGUGCCCCAUUUUGUUCAGUACCAAGCAAACAAGACAGCACAUACUCUCACCAUGACCCAAAGAAUCAGCAGGGUAGAAGAGUCAGCCUUUCGGGCCCUGCGGGAGAAGCUCUUUGCUCACACCUCAGCCCUCAUCAGUGCCUUCAAGGCCUACGACAAGGACAACACAGGAAGGAUCACACUGAGCAGCUGGGCCACAGCAGUGGAGUCAGUGCUGCGCCUGGGGCUGCCCUGGCGCAUGCUGAGGCCGCAGCUGGUGCGCAGCACGGCAGAGGGCAUGCUGGAGUACAGGUCCUGGCUGGAUGACUUGGCUGUGGAGCAGCGCAGCCAAGAGCACAUCCAGUCGAGCUUGCUGGAAGUCAUUUAUCGCAACAGAUCCAACCUGGAGACCAUAUUCAGGAUCAUAGACAGAGAUCACUCAGGUCUCAUCUCCUUUGAGGAGUUCCACCAAACCUGGAAGCUCUUCAGCUCCCACAUGAACAUCGAGCUGACAGAUGAUGGCAUCAGCGACUUGGUGCGCAGCAUCGACUUCAACAAGGAUGGCAACAUUGACUUCAACGAGUUCCUCGAGGCCUUCCGCCUGGUCAGGCAGGCAGAGGAGUGACCACCUGGGCAGGAUCCCCACAUCCAACGCCUUGAGUGUCUGCAAAGCCAGGGGACAGCUUCCCACCUCACCACAGAGUGUGCCUGCAGCUGGCAAGCAGGGAAAAGGCAGGCAGGUACCGGUAGUGCUUUACUGGCCGAGAACACCGACCGGCUGUGUCCAUCUGAAGGUGAUGGGCUUCAGCUCAGGCUCUUUUCAACAAGGAGCUGUGUUCCAAGUAGAAAUUCCUGCUCAAAGGGAAGAGGCAACUUAGUUGAUCUUGUCAGUGCUGUGCUGGAGUGCUGCAGGUCUGCUCAAGUGUAGUAAAAGGGCAGUAAAGGUGUUUCUUGCAGGCUGUUUUAAGCAGGCAGCAGCUGGUAGAGCACAGCGUUCCUUUCAAUA